AUGGCUGCAGCGAGAUUUGAUUUCGAGAAGUUUUCUGGUAAAAACGAUUUUGGAUUAUGGAAGGUGAAGAUGAAGGCCAUGCUUAUACAGCAAGGCCUAUGGGAAGCGAUGAAGUACAAAGCUCCAGACAAAGAUGCAGACACCGACGACAAAGAAGAGAUCAAGAAACUUGAUCUGAUGGAAAGGGCCCAUAGCGCUAUCAUGCUGAGCUUGGGAGAUCGAGUGUUGAGGGAGUCGUCGGGGAUUGGAGAUUCACUUGAUUGGGAUACUGUCUACGAGUCGUCGGGGAUUGGAGAGCUUAUCACAUAUACUAGGUCUAAGAAAAGAAAAGAAGCUUCUACACCAUCAAGUUCUAGGAAAGCCUCAAGAACCACAACCACAUCUAGAAAAAGGAAAGGCCAAUUAGGGAAAGGCAGAUUGGCGACGGUGGUUGAAGAAAGAGAGCUUGUGGAUGAAGAAUUGGAAGAUGAAGAAGUUGGGGAUGAAGAAGAAGGAUCUACUUCGUUGGAGGACGAUGAUAUCGAUGAGGAUGAGGAUAACUAUCUUGUGGAGGAUGACUAUAUUGGGGAUGGUGAUGAUUGA